AUGUCUGCAACCGACAUCGUGGAGAAUGCAUCCUAUGACAUGCUCGUGAACUGCAUCCUGUCUGCCACCGCUGCUCUUCACGUGUACGACAGGGUCCUCAAUCUCGGGCAAGAGAUCCAAUUUAUAUGGCGGCGUGAAAACGCGAAAGUCAUAUUACCGGUCCUCUACGUUACUAUGCACGCUUCCGCGACGGUGUUCCUCCUCUUGAAUGUCUUGCCGGUCACACCCAACUGUCAGUAUUCGGAGUAUUGCGCCAUCCGAUGGAAGUUGAUUACCGGCCCGCCUUACGGUUGCGAUCUUAUAGUGACUUGCGCGGAUGUUCUGGCCCGAGUGGCUGUCAUCGCCGUUGACCUGCUGGUUUUUUGUGCGACGUGGCGCGUCACCGGUGGAAUGGAUGAAGUGCGACGGCGUGACCAACUGACGGGUAAGACUCAGUUGUCGGGGCUGCUGCUGAAGGAUGGGGCGCUUCAAUUCGGAGCGUUGCUUAUAUUUAACAUAGUCACUGGGGUCUUUCUCAUCAAAUCAAACAGUUACCUAGGCACAAACUUCAUCAUCCUCCUAGACGUGGUCACAAUCAUACUCCUAUCUCGUCUGCUCUUCCGUGUAUCUCACUUGUCCUUCAAGGGCGUGCUGAGGCACGUCGAGAACCUCCACGACGGUGUAGCUUCGAAAUCCCUGGAUAGCGACGAAGACGAGGACGACAACGAGAAUGACGACCGCAUGGAUGAGGUCCAAGCGAGCGCAUGGAAUGAAGAUACCAUCGAACUCUCCACGACAUGCAGUAUUGCUAGCCAGUCGUCUGACCCGCCUCAACUCCAAGGCAAUGGGGUGCGGGAUGAUGGAGAUAUAACCGAAUUAGAAUCAGUAUAG